AUGGAAGAAGACCCUCUACCUGGAUUCGUGCCGAAGGAGGCAAAACAACUGCCUAUAGAAUGUAUUUGUGAAGUUGCACGUUAUUUACCAUAUAAGGAACGUGCACGGAUGGAACGAGUAUGCAAACAGUGGAGAAUUGGAAGUAGAAGCUCCCAUACAUACACCAAAACUGUAACCCCGACUAGCUGGGAAUGGAAGGACGGAUGGAACCAGAUAUUCAAUUCAGACGGCCUAGUGUGGAUUAUUAAGAGAGGCGGGGAAUACUCAACAUCCCUAGACCUAGAGGGGAUCACGGAAAUAAAAUCCAUCGCGAUCACUAUGGCAGCGAAGGAGUGUCGAAAAUUGGAAGUUCUAAAGUUAACGACAGUUAGCAUUAGGGGAGGAGCGUUAAGAUCUGUGAGUGAUCAUCUCUUCGGCCUCAGGGAGCUGGAGAUUGAACAGUGUGUGGGACCUAUUGACUGGGAGAUAGAAAAUAUAUUCCUCAGAAAUUUAAACUUGCAAAAACUGAUACUUAAAGACAACGAGAUAACUGGAAAGGGACUGGGACACAAAACGUCGAUCAAAGAACUUCACAUAAAGGAUUGCGAUAUGGCCAAGGCUGAAGGAAUCGCAAAGUAUAUCCAACUACAAGAUCAUUUGGAAAUACUGGUGAUUAUAAAUUGUCUACAGUUAAGACGUGCACAACUACUAACGGCGCUUACCGAGAACAGCCAUACUAAGGAUACGUUAAGGUCACUCAAGAUCCACGGCGAUGGACCCAGUGACGCGCCUCGGGAAGACCCAGAGCUAGCGGAAGGAGAAGAGGGGAAUUCAUCGAAUGCUAACUUUAUCGGAGACAUUGGGGAAACAUUGGCCAUUCUCAGUUCCCUAGAUAUCAGCACGAAUAUACGUGGACAAUUUUCGUUAGAACCCCUCGCACAACUAAAACAUCUGAGGAUCCUAAGGAUGAAUAACAUGCAUCCGACCGUGGGAGGAAGCUGCCUACGAGAACUGGACCUACUCGAGAACUUAGAGACCAGAGAGAACCUGGGGAUCCACGAUGAGGAUAUUAGCGGGAUGCUAAGGACUAACCACGUUGUCCAACACCUCGACAUUAAAGGUUGUUGGAACAUAACCCAACAGACCAUAACCGUAGCACGAGAGGUUGUAAGAAUGGGACACCGACAGCAGCCACUCUACCUUUAUGCCGGGGGUACGCAAGCAACACCGUCUCGGCGGGACAGAAGAAACGCCUACCUACGUUUAAGCUCUGAACGAUAUGCGACGCCGCUGUUCCAGCGCGUGUGGCAAGUCCCGUGA